GUCGCUUGUGACGCCGUGGAGAGGCGGGGCGGCGUUCACGGGCUGUGGAAACAGAGCGGGGCGACGGAAGCGGUGAGAUUGGAGAAAAGAAAAGCAGGGCGCAGAGGUGUGUGGGACUGCACUGUGAACGGUGCUGCAGGUCGAGUCGGACACAGUUUCCGGAGCCGCACCGGGCCGCGGCGAGACCGCAUUAAAGCCUGAUAUUCUCCUUCACACCCCCUUCCCCGGAAGCCCCGCAAUGUCUGGCGGAGGAGAGGUAAGGUACGCCCGCAAAGAGGCCGGGCAAGAGAGCCCGAGGAUGCCGGCCUGGAAGCGAGAGAUUUUGGAGAGGAGGAAGGCGAAGAGCGGGGUUUCCGGGGGAGCCGCGACCGCGGAGAAUGGCGCAGGCGGGAGUCCAAAACGCAGUAACGGGGAGCCGGCGAUGAACGGCGGCGGCGGCGGACCGAACCGAGAGCGAGAGCGAGAGCGAGAGCGAGACGACGCGCACGCCGGACGGAACCGCUCCAUCACCGCGGCCGGUCAGCACUUCGCCAGCAACAAAGACGCCAGACAGGCCGCCGCGAGGAGUCGUGACGGCGGACAGGAGAGCUUGGUGCUCCAGGAGAGCCUGGGCCCGUUGGAGGAGAACCCAUUCAUCAAGCUGGAGAAGGAGCGGCGGAGGCGGCAGGACCGGGAAAACGCCACUCGUCCGAUCCAGCACAUUUUGGAGCUGUACGGUAACGUUCCUGGUAUACGGACGAUCAGAGCAGAGAAUAUUCUCAUCAUCGAGUCGGACCCCGAUUACGUUCAUGACGGCGAAGAAGUCAAAAGUCCCAUUUGGCAACAAAACGGUUACAGCUCUGUCAACGACCUCUUGGACAGGAGAGGCAAUGCUGUCACCGAGAUAAGAGCCAAGGAAGUUGUUAUUUACGACACCACGUUGAGCAAGAGCGAGGAGAAUCUCAGCACCCUCGGUCGCCCAUCCAACGAGACGGGCGAGGGUCAAGGGAUGGUGAGCCGAAUCCUGCAGAAGUUUGACUCCAACUAUGGGAAGCUGCAGAAAAAAUCUCACAGCACAGAGAACCUGCUGGAUAUAGACGGAAGUGCCGGCAGAAGGCAGAGGGCCCGGGCCAAGCCGCAGCUGGAUCCGAUGCCGAAGCCCAGAGCGGACUGGGUCAAAAGUCGGGGCGGCAGGCGGUCGUCAUCGGCCCCUCGGCCCGUGUCCUCCCUCCGCCGGCGGUUACAAGAGAGCCCCGACCCGCCGAGAGACGAACCCGACGGGGCGCCCGAGGUGACCCCUGAGGUGCCCCUCGACAACAAGGUGCCAUCAUCAAUGCAGAGCCAUUGCGCCCGCCCCGAAUCCCUCUCCUCUAAGGCGUCGCCGCGCACAUCGUCUGACUUUGAGAUCCGUCCGUCCCCAAAGCCAGACCUCUCUCAAAUACCUGACCGGGAUAUCCAGGCGCGGGCCCUGGCAAAUCUGCGCAUACAGUCCAAAAACUCCUUCACGGUGAUUCCCAAGCGACAUCUUACUGCCUCGCUUGAAAGUGGCCGCACGGCGCCCCCCAGUCCAGCUAAAACGUGCCCUUCUCACAGAGUGGCGGAGCGGCCUGCGUCAGGAGAGCCAUCUUCUCACUUGUCCGCACCUGCUGUAAUGCUCCAAAAACUCAAAGAUGCAAAAAAGCAGGAGGAGAAGGAAGUGGAAUGGCCGUACGAGCCCCACCCGUCGCCCUCUGUCGCCGCAUCGCCCGCACGACCUCUGCCUUCAGACAAUCCGCCUCCGUCUCCUACCGCCCUUUCUCCACCUGCCCUGACUUCUCCGGCUGUCCCGGCGUCACCCAUUUUGUCUCCACGUGCCAUCUCACCGGAUCCAUCGCCCCCCUCCCCAUCUGUACUCGCGCCUCCCGCAGAUCACCUCCCGGUGACAAACAUAGAUGACGUCGAGGUGGAAGCCCCGCAUCGUGUCCCUGCACCGAGGAGGAAGGGGAACACGUUUACCGUGGUGCCCAAACGUCGGGUGGAGGCUGAGGCCGAGCCCGGUUCGCCUGAGCCCCAGCAGGAUGCUUCGAGUGACUCCUCACCAGGGUCCACGCCCCCUCAGGCCCCAUACUCUCAGCUGGGUUCCCUGCUCAAGAAACGCUACCCUGCUGUGGAGGAGAUUGAGGUCGUCGGUGGGUACCUUUCUCUCGGGAAAUCCUGCCUCUCCAAGGGGGGCUCGCUGGGGAAGAAGCUCAAGAUCGCCUUCAAUGAGUCGAGUCUCCACAGCACGUAUGAGUAUCCGUCAGAAAGCAGCGUGUGGGACAGCGUCGACGAGGCGGACGAGGACAAACGGGACGGAAAGGUGGUUGAAGAAGCGCCCAGCAUGGUGGGCCGUAUCCACAUCCCUCAACCCACUUUCACAAGCUCGCCCACACAUACCAACAGCAGCAACGACCUCUCCAGCUACAUUCCCAAGCACUCGAUGGACUUCAGCGCCUGGCAGGAAUACAAACAAGAGGACAGCGCUAACAAGGAGGAGGCCGCUUCCCGGCAGCCACAAACGACAGAGGAGGUCAUGCUGACACCAGCAGACACUUCUUCCCUGUCAGACUACAGCAGCGAGCCCGCCCUCUACUUCUGAUCACUGGGUCGAAUGAGCACUGAAGUAGCGCCUCGCCCGUGGGACCAAUGGGACCUCAACCACUGUUAACCCAAGCACAUGUUCCCUGACGCCUUCGGGGAACACGAGCCUCGGUACUUUCGCCGCUCGCUACGUGAUCGCCCGAGUCGGACAGUCGGCCAGCUUCUCCAGAUCGACUUUCACUUUGGUUGACAAGCCUAAAAAGCAGCUGGACUGUCUUUUCCAAAAAAAGAUCCUGCGCAGUUGAUCUGUCGAAACAUCCCAACCAAUUCAAUAGCUUGUCAACGUCAGGACAGACGUCCUUUCUCCAGACCGUCCUGUGAUUUUCGUCCAUUCUAGUUUACACUCGGAACUGGUCGAAAUGGGCUUAAAAGUCCAAGCUCCCAGUAAGAACAAAAAGUUGCCAAUGCCCAUGCGGAGGUGACGCCACAGCGACGGUGUUAAACGACUCCAUAAACGAAUCCCGGACCUUAAGGUUGCUGCGUCUCCUCCAUUGUAGUAAAACACAAAAGACAAAUCUGAAAGCGUGCCACGUAGUUUUGUUUGUUUUUCUACAUGCAUGGUUUCUGUUGAACCAACAAACAGCUUAGGUUGUUUCUCUAACUGUAAUACUUUCAUAUGCCUUUUUUUUUUUGGGAGGGGGGGGGGGGACGUAUUGAAGCUGCUGGACGGUUGGUGGAACAACAGGCAAACUUCGACACCAUUCUUCACAAUGAGGAGGCCAAGUAUAAACUAUAUCAACGUAUGCACCCUGGAGGAAGUUUUUGUCAAUCUGUAGCCACACUCAUUUUUUGAUAAAUGCUUGAAAAAGUGACCUUUGCCAAAAAAUGUCUGUAUUGCCGCUGAGUGAAGUACAGCGUCUCACCUGGCCGAAUGUUUCUGCGUCCUCCUCCCGAGCUUCUCGUGUAUUUAUUGCCUCCCGAUGUUGAAGUUUGCAUGUCUUCGAACCUGCUUAUGUACAAUUUUGUAUCACGGUUUCCGUGUCAAGGUCGAAAGAAGCGAGAGGGCGAGUUCAGACUGAUCCGCCCAGUCGGACAUCUUGCAUUCUCACAUUCCGCGGAGAGAAAGCGGCUCCGCUAAAAGCAAAUGAAGGUUAGGGUUUGGAUCGUGUGUGAAAGCUUUUAAAGAAGGUUUUUUUUUUGUUUUAUUGACAGGAAUGCACCACCUUUUCAUUUUUGAAAACUCGUAUUGCCAAGUGAUUCAAGUGUUGCUGUAAUGGCUUCAGUCCUUCUUUCGACUCACCCCUGGCCAGUAUUGUUGUAAAACCAAACUAUCACAACAUUUAUUUUCUGCGUUUUAUUACUUUGUGGCAGUCCGAUGACGUGCAAUUGCUGGUCCAGUCUUGGAUGCGACAUGCGUUUGCGCUGUCAUUCUUUUCACUUUGUUUUGCACCUCAUGUGAAGGAAGAGCCAGUGACAGAUUAUGUGCGCUUAAAACGAGGGGUUUUCUUUGUUUAUUUGACAGCAGAUUGUACAUGUAUGCCACAGUAGCUGACUAUAAACAAGGAUUCCCUGGUUUACCAUUUUUACAGACUGGAAUGCCGAAAUUCAUGUUUUGAAAUGUUUUGGGGUUUUUUUUCAAAAUCAAACAGAAAGAAAAGCAUCAUGAAACUGUACACGACGAAUGCACUGCCGAUGGAUGCAAUGUCCACUUUUGUACGCUUGCCACAGCCUUGACCCUUGACCCUUGACCCUUGACUCUGGAGAUUGUUGGCCUGAUACUGUAGCCCACGCCACAGGUCUGUUCAUCUUCAUCCUCGAAAAUUGACAGUGUCUAGUCCUAUACGGUGGAACCUCCAAAGUCACAUACAUACAAUGCAUCCAUCCCAUGACACUAGUUCUUAAAGUGACUUGGCUUUACAGGCAAUGUUUUGAUUACAAAAAAAAAAUGUCAUCAUCACUAAUCUAUAUCAGUAUAAAGCUACGGUGAUCAUCGUGCACUAUAAAUAUUCAAGUCAAACGAAGCACCCUGCGAUAAGCAAGGGACCGAGCAAUGCUACAUUAUGGUAGCUUGAUUGGUCAAAUAAACGCAAAUUGAAAUCACGGUGUUGCUCGUACUUUCUAUGCUGCUGUCGUCUGUUUCAAAUUGAUGCUUGAAAUCCAAAUCAGCGAUAUCUGUGGCAUUGGACUUUGGAGGUUCAACUGCACUUUACACACCAUGAGUCUUUUCACAUGGUUGAAUGUAUUUUACUUUCUUUUUUUCUUCAUUCUGAGUGGAUGGACUUCUCCAAGUUUUCUAAUAGCCUACACGGCGGGCUAUACAACAGGAUUGUCAUGAGCAAAAUAAACUUGAAACUCUUUUCACCCUAAAUAUUGUCAAAUACACGCUGCACACUUAGAACAUUGCCAAAUCUUGUCAGGUGUUUUGUUUGGUUUAACAUUUUUAGUCUGGGAUGCAAGAAACAGUUUCACACUCCACCUAAUUGUGUCAAUCAACAUUUACCAACUGUGAGGACACGCAUGGUGUAGUUAAGGGUCUAAAACUACCUGCGGAGACGGCCCACGCUCACUGUUGCCUUCAGCAAAGACAUUCUUGGAAGGAAUGUUUCUUUUUGUAUUUGAUCCAUCAGUAAAGUAAAGGACCAAAGAGGUAGAGGCCCCAGUAGCUUGACACUGUUGUGUUUAAACACCAGCAAUAUUUCCCCCCCCAAAAAAAAUGGUGAUUACCGAGAAAAACCAAACACACCACUUCAAUGUACACUCAUCCAGCAAUGUUCCCGGCUUUUUCCGUUUGUGGUGGUCACGCCAUUAAAGCUCACUCCAUUUUGUCCAGCCCCCUUUUUUGCUUUCUUUUGUCUGCAAGUCUCCACUGCCUCAGCUGUGGAAAGUUAUUGUUGAUGAUUUGAACAAAAAUAAAGUGAUGUCAUACCUGUACAGAUAUACACUAAAUCAAUAUAAAACUGGAACAAAUGAAAAUAC